CCGCGCAGACCCGGCCGGCCACUCUCGGGGCAUGGAGAACUCCGGCGGCGGCGGCGGCGCCGGGGGAGGCGGAGGGGGCAGCAACGUGCCCGCCUUCCUCACCAAGCUGUGGACCCUGGUGGAAGACCCUGACACCGACCCGCUCAUCUGCUGGAGCCCGAGUGGAAACAGCUUCCAUGUUUUUGACCAAGGCCAGUUUGCCAAGGAGGUUCUUCCCAAAUACUUCAAGCACAACAACAUGGCCAGCUUUGUACGGCAGCUGAACAUGUAUGGCUUCCGGAAGGUGAUUCACAUUGAGCAGGGUGGUCUAGUAAAGCCGGAGAAGGAUGACACUGAAUUUCAGCACCCGUACUUCCUCCGUGGCCAGGAGCAUCUCCUGGAAAACAUCAAGAGGAAAGUCACGAAUGUGUCUGGCGUAAAGAACGAAGAUAUCAAGGUUCGCCAGGACAACGUGACCAAGCUGUUGACUGACGUCCAGGUGAUGAAGGGCAAGCAGGAGAGCAUGGACACCAAGCUGAUAGCUAUGAAGCACGAGAACGAGGCCCUGUGGCGGGAGGUGGCCAGUUUGCGGCAGAAGCAUGCCCAGCAGCAGAAGGUUGUCAAUAAGCUUAUCCAGUUCUUGAUUUCGUUGGUGCAGUCCAACCGCAUUCUUGGGGUGAAGAGAAAGAUCCCCUUGAUGUUGAACGAUGGCGGUUCAUCCCAUUCCAUGCCCAAGUACAGCCGGCAGUACUCCUUGGAGCAUGUCCACGGCCCGCCUCCUUUCUCCGCCGCCUCCCCGGCAUAUAGCGGCUCGAACCUCUACUCCCCAGACUCCUCCGCCAACUCCGGCCCCAUUAUCUCAGACGUGACUGAACUGGCCCAGUCCAGCCCCUCGGCCUCCCCCAGCAGCAGCCUCGACGAAAGGAGCAGCCCUGUGGUCCGAAUCAAGGAGGAGCCACCCAGCCCCUCACGCAGCCCCCAGAUCGAGGAAGCCAGCCCCACCAGCGCUCCCGCCGCCGAAACCUCCCUCUCGCCCUCCGCCUUCAUCGACUCCAUCUUGCAGGAGGACGAGCCCAGCAGCACCACGGCCGUAGCCCCUUCGGCCGGCAAUGCCACCGCGCAGCCCAGCCCCCCUGAAAAGUGCCUCAGCGUUGCCUGCCUGGACAAUUUGGCUCGCACUCCGCAGAUGUCUGAGGUCACCUGCCUCUUGCCCAGCCCUUCCUCUUCCUCACUGCAGUGCAGAUCACAGCAAGGGUUAGCAUUUCCAAACGAGCUGAACGACCACUUGGACACCAUCGAUUCCAGCCUGGAUAAUCUCCAGACCAUGCUGACCACCCACGGCUUCAGCGUGGACACGAGCGCCUUGCUGGACCUCUUCAGUCCUUCCAUGACUGUGACGGAUAUGAACUUGCCGGACCUGGAUAGCAGCUUGGCCAGCAUCCAGGAGCUCCUCUCCUCCCAGGAGCAGCAGAAGCCGGCAGAGACGGAAGACUCCUCAGCAGACACAGGCAAGCAACUGGUGCACUACACGGCCCAGCCCCUCUUCCUGGUGGACUCGAGCUCUGUGGACAUGGGCGCCGUGGACAUGCCCAUCUUCUUUGAGCUGGGGGAAGGGCCCGGCUUCACGGAGGAAGACGAAUACUUAGAGGACCCCACCCUCUCCCUCCUCUCUGGGACGGAGCACCCCAAGCCCAAGGACCCUGCGGUCUCCUAAGGCCGAGCCGGGCCCCGGCGGAAGAGAGACUGGACUGGGAAGGGGCCGGCCCGCUGCCUCCCUUGCUUUGCUCCCGCGUGGCGACGAGCGCCCUGCUCUCUCGGGCGACGCAAGGGCGUGCGUGUGUGUGCGCGUGUGUGUGCUUGACGAGGUGUUCGACCCCCUCCUCUGGGACGGCAGCUCUGGGCAGGCGGAGAGGCGUUGGGGAACGGACGGACGGGGCGCCGGGCCCUGGCCGAAGGCGUGGGGCGGCAAACGCCGUGGCCCUGCCGGCUGGAGUGCCAGAGGGGUCAGUCUGCGUGGAGAGCGGGAGGAAGCGGCGCGUCUCCUCCCCCAGCCGAGCGAGUGGGCUCUCCGGGAGCAGCGAGCGAGCGAGCGAGCGCACGCCCCCAGGGGGUCACGGGCCGGGCCCCUGCGUGGCCCCUGCAGUCCCGCGUGCUUCCGGCUGUUCCGGGGGGGCCCCGCGUGAGACGUCUCCCCGCACCUGCUCCUCCCCUGUGGGGUUUGUUUUCCUUGGCGUAGCAGUAAAGAAUUUGUACAUUUA